AGUGCGAAAAAUGCUUCGCUUGGGACGUGUUUUGCGGACGGCUGCAGUGCAGCAGCAAUUUCGAUUAUUGAGCGGAACGCAGACGCCUCUUGGUGGCGGAGAUGCGUUGCCCAAACAUUGCGAUAUUCUGAUCAUUGGAGGCGGCGGCAUGGGCGCCUCCUCAGCCUAUUGGCUGAAGAAGAGAGCCGAACAGAAGAAGCUCAGUGUGCUGGUUGUGGAGCGAGACGCGGGCUAUACGACUGCAUCAACUGUGCUCUCGGUGGGCGGUGUACGGCAACAGUUCUCGCUGGCAGAGAACAUAAAUAUGUCGCUUUUUGGCUACGAUUUCAUAUCCGACUGCCGCAGCCAUUUGGGUGACGUGGAACUGAACUUUCAGCCACACGGCUAUCUAAUCUUGGCCAGCGCGAAUGGCGCAGAGAUCCUCAGUCGCAACUCCAAGCUGCAGAAUGAGCUGGGCGCCUGCAAUGAGCUGCUUGGUCCGGCGGCGUUGAGCAGUCGCUUUCCCUGGCUCAGCACGCACGGCAUCGAGCUGGGCUGCUAUGGCCUCAAUAAGGAGGGCUGGUUCGAUCCGUGGGCCCUGCUGAUGGGCUUUAAGAAGCAGGCACGCGCCUAUGGGGCACAGUUCGCCAAUGGUGAGGUGACGGGCUUUGAGUACGAUGCAGCUGGUCAGCUCUCUGCAGCUGUGGUAAGCUCAGCGGAUGGCAGCAAACACACCGUGAAGUUCGACAAUUGUGUGCUGGCUGCGGGUGCACACUCUGGUCAGGUGGCGCGGCUGGCCAACAUUGGUACUGGCAAGGAGCUGCUGAGCGUGCCACUGCCCGUGGAGCCGCGCAAACGUUAUGUCUACGUCUUCAAUACGCAGGGUCGCAAUUGCCCGGGCUUGGCCACGCCUCUAACUGUGGAUCCCGAUGGCACCUACUUCCGGCGCGAUGGCCUCGGCGGCAAUUUUCUGGGCGGCCGUAGUCCGGCGGAUCACGAGGAGCCCAGCUGUGAUACCCUCGAUGUGGACCAUGGCUACUUUGAGUCCGAUGUCUGGCCCACUCUGGCCAGCCGUGUGCCCGCCUUCGAGUCGGUCAAGGUGCAGAGCAGCUGGGCCGGCUACUACGAUCACAAUUGCUUCGAUGCCAAUGGCAUCAUUGGACGGCAUCCGCACUACAGGAAUCUGUUCAUUGCCGCCGGUUUCAGUGGCCAUGGCAUACAGCAGACGCCAGCGGUGGGUCGAGCCAUUGCCGAACUAAUACUGGAUGGAAAAUAUACCACACUUGAUCUCAGUCGAUUGGGCUUUGAGCGUCUGGUGGCACAGGAGCGCAUGCUGGAGGUGAACAUUGUCUAGAAACUGAAGAAGCUCCUAAAAUAUGUAAAUAAAUUA